AUGCUUUUACAAGUAUAUGUUAUAUUAUUACUGAGUUUCAGUGCAACUACGCUUUGCAAAUUUCUUCCAAAAGAUGAUCCACAAGCGGGUCCUUUAAUAUUAACGCCCUAUAUUGAAAAUGGACAAAUAGAAGAAGCAAGAAACUUAUCAAAGGUUGACCCAUUGGCAGCUGCUGGACUCAACAGCCACGCAGCCUACUUUACUGUAAACAAAACUAACAAAUGGCAUCUAUUCUUUUGGUAUUUUCCCGCACAAGAAGUUCCUUUAGAUAGUACCCCCCUUAUUAUCUGGUUACAAGGUGGUCCUGGUGGCUCUUCUCUGUUUGGUUUAUUUGAGGAAAUAGGCCCCCUACAAAUAAGGGACGGUAAUGUGGAACGAACGCCAAUAUCGUGGGGACAAAACUACUCUCUGCUCUUUAUCGACAAUCCUGUUGGUACCGGAUUUAGCUUUACGGAAAAUCCCGAAGAAUACGCGACAAACGAGGAUAUGGUGGGUGAAUGUCUUCUCAGUUUCCUUCAGCAGUUUCUACAAGUUUUUCCGGACCUAAGAAAAGCCCCCCUUUUCAUUGCAGGCGAAUCAUAUGCUGGCAAAUAUAUUCCAGCAUUUGGACAUUACAUACAUAACAAUAAAAAUGACUCAAUGCCUAUCAAUCUAAAAGGCUUAGCAAUUGGCGACGGAUGGACAGAUCCUCCGACACUGUUACACUAUUCAGAGUUUGCGCUACAAGUGGGACUAGUAGACCCUGAGCAAGCUAAUAAAAUACACCAACUGGAGGAAGAUGCUAGAAAUUGUUGGAAUCAGCAUGACAUGGAUUGUUUUGCGAGUAAUGCUAAGCAAGCUUAUUCUACAUUAAUGGAACACGCAAAGGUGAACGACUACAACUAUGUGAAGGACUCAGAUGAAGACAUUGAAGAUAAAGAUUUUGUUCGUUAUUUAAAUAUACCAAAAAUACAAGAUUCACUUCAUGUGAAGAGAAUGAAGUACUCCGCAAGUAACGACAUUGUUUAUGAAUAUUUAGCACAAUCUGAUUUAUAUCAUACUGUUAAGCCUUGGCUAGAAGAACUUUUGGAAUAUUACGGUGUAAUGUGUUACAGCGGGCAAUUGGACCUAAUAGUCGCUUAUGCGCUCUCAGUUCACACUUACCAAAGUCUGAAGUGGUCCGGGCAGCAGGCAUACUUAGACGCAGAAAGAACACCUAUGCACGAUGAAACGAACCCCAGCAAAGUUAACUCUUAUGUAAAAGCAAGUGGAAACUUCAUGGAUGUCAUGGUUCGCAAUGCAGGUCAUAUGGUGCCGACCGAUCAGCCACGAGCAGCGAAACAGAUCAUAGAUAUGUUCAUUAAUAAAUUUAAAUAA